GUAAGUCUUAACCCGAAAGUACUUCUUUCCUCACCAACCCGCAUGGAUACCCGAACAGAACAAGCACAACCUCCAAGUAGAAGCUAUUGGCGAUGGAGCAAGAAGGACUUUUUCCCAGAAGCCUCAUUCGAUAGCUACACAUCCUACAAGACCGCACUAUCCCACACCUGCCACCGCCUCAAGGACCGCGUCCUUGACCGCUCCACCGACGAUUUCGAGCUCGUCGAGCUCAGCAAGGCCAGCGAGCACCCCAUGCACAAGUGCCUCACUUGGUGGGACCUCCUCUGGCUCAGCUUCGGCUCCGUCGUCGGUUCCGGCAUCUUCACCAUCACCGGUCUCGUAGCCCACGACCACGGCCCCUCUGUCGUCGUCUCCUACGCCGCCGCCGGUCUCUCCGCUAUGCUUUCCGCCUUCUGCUAUACCGAGUUCGCCGUCGAGAUCCCCGUCGCUGGAGGCUCCUUCUCUUACUUGCGCAUCGAGUUGGGCGACUUCAUCGCCUUCAUCGCCGCCGGGAAUAUACUGUUAGAGGCCGUGGUCGGCGCGGCCGGGCUGGGUCGGGCAUGGUCUUCCUAUUUCGCCAGUAUAAUAAAGAACGACCCAGAUUUCUUGCGCAUUGGGGUAAGUUAUUUGGCUAAAGGUUUUAAUCUUUUAGAUCCAAUUGCCGUUGGGGUGCUUUUAGUUGCCAACGGGAUCGCUAUGAGUGGGACAAGGAGGACGUCUUUCUUGAAUUGGAUUAGUUCUAUAGUCAGUGCUUUUGUCUUUGUGUUUAUAAUAGUGGUUGGGUUCGUCCAUGUCAAGAGCUCAAAUUUGGUGCCCUUUUUUCCAACGGGAGCAAAGGGUGUUUUCGAGGCUGCUGCAAUCGUGUACUGGUCUUAUACCGGGUUCGAUAUGGUGGCGACUAUGGCGGAAGAGACUAAGCAGCCCGCGAGGGACAUACCGGUGGGGUUGGUUGGUUCCAUGGCUAUGAUAACUGUGGUUUAUUGCAUGAUGGCUUUGGCAUUGACGAUGAUGCAGAAAUACACUGAGAUUGAUAAGGAUGCGGCGUAUUCAGUUGCUUUUGUUAAUGUUGGAAUGAAUUGGGCCAAGUAUUUAGUGAGUAUAUGUGCACUGAAGGGGAUGACUACGAGCUUGUUGGUUGGAUCCCUUGGGCAAGCUCGAUACACGACUCAGAUUGCGAGAUCGCAUUUGAUUCCACCCUGGUUUGCUCUCGUGCACCCAAAGACUGGAACCCCCAUUAAUGCUACUCUAUUGGUCACCAUAACUAGUAUAAUUGUGGCAUUUUUCACUAGUUUGGAUGUGUUGUCGAGUGUUUUCUCGUUCAGUACGCUUUUCAUUUUUGUGCUUAUUGCUGUUGCAUUGCUCGUGAGGCGACAUUAUGUUUCGAAUGUGACACCAAAGAAUGAUUUGAUUAAAUUUCUUGUUUGCUUAUUUGUUGUUAUCGGAUCUUGCAUUAGCGGAACGGUAUUUUGGAAUUUGAACGGAGGAGGGUGGAAUUGGAUUGGGUAUGUAGUUGCUGUUUUAGUUUGGCUUUUUGGGACUCUGAGGAUGGCGCUGCUUCCAAAGCACCGUGUUCCCAAGUUUUGGGGGGUUCCACUCGUUCCAUGGUUGCCUUCACUGUCCAUUGGGAUGAAUAUUUUUCUCAUUGGGUCACUUGGUUCUGUCGCACUUUGGAGGUUCUUCAUUUGCAGCGUUGUAAUGCUUGUCUACUAUUUGUUAAUUGGUCUCCAUGCCACCUAUGACGUCGCUCAUGAAAACAAGCAGGAUUCAAAAGAAGUUGAGGGAAGGGAAGAUGUUAAUCAAGGUCUGUAAAUGUAUAUGUAGGUACGGUGUUCUAAAAUUAUGUUUGUGAUAUUUUUCAAUGAAUAUCACUCGAAACUUCUUUUCGGAA